AUGGGUACAGUGCUCAGUCCCAAAUUCGCUCCGCAUCCACCCCUCCUACUAUCUCACAAAUUUUUAAUUAAUGACUACUUUGCGUCUGUCUUCAACCGCACUGAAUUGGAAGAGCAUCUGUCCUCGCCACUUCUUACGUCUCUAACUCCAGACCACGCUCUUUCUGAUAUUUCCUUAACAACCGAGGAAGUUCUAAAUAAACUUCUACCUGUAGCUCUCGACCCCGACAAGGCCACACCCAAAGAGACUGCACAACAGAUUGCACCAUCACUGACCGAGCUUUUUAAUAGAUCACUCAGCUGUGGCGUUUUUCCUGACGACUGGAAGCGUGCGAACAUG